AUGUACUGGCCCAUCGGCACUCCAAAGACCUACGCGACGAGUAGUAGUUCUGGACCCGAGUUCAACCUCGUCGUCUCUGAAGAUGGCAUCACCAACCCCUUUGACCGAGCCUCAAUAAACGAGCCACCGCAACACCCAUACGUAUCCUCGACCGAACCCUGCCAUGAGAACGGGGCGCAAAAUGCACUGCCGGAACCAUCUGUCGAGUCGACGACUCCCCUAACGCCCGCUACGCCCGCAACACCUGCAGUUCAGUCCGUGGAGCGAGGCGAUCCAGAUCAACCCGAUUCCGCAGCAUUCGCGUCAACGCAGAUACCCGACGCUGUGAAGUUGCCCCUCAAAGAUCCUGUCCUGGCACUGCGAACUUCCCGGAGUGGAUCGCUGUUUGCCGUCAUCACAGCGACCUCAAUGGCUGUUUGGCAGACAAAGCCUACCGCUAUCCUCGCCGUCGUCGUUCGAUCUGUGUCGUCCCUCAGUACCUAUGGCGAGAAUUUCGAUCUGCUUAUGCGUCCCGACUCGGCCAUCCUGGUUGUCCACACGACACAGGGCUAUCUCAUCACGUACUCCCUCGCCACAGACUCCGAGGCCCACGUUUACAAACCCUACUUCCCCAGCUAUGCCAAUAUACAAAGGCGCCGCCAAAUUCACGCCGGACCUGGAGGUAGUGCACCCGACCAAUUUCUAUGGGGCCCGGGCGAGGGAGCGGGCGUUCGCGAUGUCAGCGUUCGUUUCAGGAUGGUUAUCAAGGUGGAUGCAGGAAUCGAGAGCGCACUUGCUCUCGAUGACGAACUGGUGGUGGCAACAAGGAAGCCAGCAGCUGUGCAAUGCAUCCGAUGGACUCCCGACAACAGCGGAAGCCAGACCAAGACUGAGAUGAUCAGUCGUAUGGGGUGGUUGGACAAGAAGAUCACCAUAACGGAGAUGACCCAUGACCGGCCGAUGAACCUGUCGACGUGGAUCACCAGCGAUGGCAAGGCGCAUGCUGUCCAACGUGUGUCAGCCCGAAAGUUAGCCGACGGCGAGGCAGAUCCAAAAAAGCUCUUCAAGGGUUACUGCUUCCACUCACCUCGGGGCAAGUUCGAUCACGCUCGACGUGCUGUCAUCAAUGCAAGGUUCUCCCUUAUAGCAGUCGGCUGUGCCAAUGGCAGCAUUCAUGUAUAUUCAGCACGCGACUACGCUGGCAACAUCCCAUCGUCUCAUAUCCACACACUCCCUGUUUCCCACACUGUCUCAGGCGCCCUUACAACGCUGAGCUACUCGCCAGAUGGCUAUUGCCUCUUCGCUGGGUUCGAGAAAGGGUGGGCAACAUGGAGCGUAUAUGGCAAGCUUGGAAGCCACAGCUUCAAUUUCGAUGGCUCGGUUGCAGAGACGGCUGGCGAAGACUGGCUUUCAUCUGUCAUUGACGCUGUGUGGCUUGGAGGAGGCUCAGAGUUGUUGAUAGCAAGUCGGGACCGCGAAGCCAUAUGGGCGAUAGAAAUGGCCAGGAGUGCGGUAGCAGGCUGCUACAACUCUGCGAACCUGCUCCGCACCGUCUUACAAACGAGCACCAGUGUCAUGAUAUACCGUGGCUACGAUGUCCCCGACCUGGCCUCCAUAUCGGCAGAACCCUUCCUUUGGCACACAGCCGAAAUCCCGCCAGCAUAUCUGCUCAACCAGUGGCCAAUACGGCACACUGUCAUUUCUCCUGAUGGUCGUUACGUCGCCGUGGCCGGCAGGCGUGGACUGGCACACUAUAGCGUGAACAGUGGACGGUGGAAGACCUUUUUGAAUGAGGCCGCCGAGAACGAGUUCCAAGUUAGGGGUGGCAUGUGUUGGUACCAGCAUAUCCUCGUAGCUGCGGUUGAGGUCAACCGGACGCAUGAGAUACGACUGUACUCCAGAGAAGCCGCUUUGGACGGUUCGAUGGUUGUGCAUUCCCAGCCAGUAUCUGCCCCUAUCGUUCUGAUCACAACGUCGGGUGAAGACUCGCUUCUGGUGUACACUUACGAAAAUCUACUGUACCACUUCAUCUUUACGCCUUAUGCCGGUUCGGUGAGAUUGGUGCAACUCGGUCAGAUUGCAUUCCAUGGCAUCGUCAGGUCCCCAGCCAGAGUGCGUGGGCUAAGCUGGAUCCUACCAGAAAGCCAGCUUGUCGACGGCGACCCAUCGCAGGAUGUUGCCGUGGCUUCCGUGCUAUUCCUGGUCGAUGCGAAGCUUGUUCUACUGUGCCCGUCCGUGAAUAGCGAAGGGCAUCUCAAGUACGACAUGAGGGUCAUCUCGCAAAACGUCGAGUUUUAUGCCAGCAUGAGGGACCAGCCGGCCCAGGACGUCCUUGCUUCGUCUCCGCAAAACAACUCGACGAAGACUGUGGACACAAGCUUGAGGAAUGCGCUGUGGGUGUUUGAUGGCACCGAGUUCAAAGUGUGGCCCGAAAUGCAGGAUGUCAUGCGGGCAGCAUCCGGCGAAUCCUCUGGCGACCUUCCCGCGACAGUCUCCAUACCGAUUGACUUCUAUCCUCUCUCAACUCUGCAAGCCAAGGGUAUUCUUCUGGGUGUGGAAGCUGACUUGGUACAAAGGCGUGACCUGAACUUCUCCCUUUUCCGGUUCACCAUCAGGACACAUCUUUUCCUACCCAAUAUUCUUCGUUUCCUCCUCGUGGACAACAGAUCUGCCGAUGCUGUCAGCCUGGCACAGCAGUUCCAGCAUCUCGAAUAUUUUCCUCAUGCGCUAGAGAUGUUGCUCCAUCAGGUACUGGACGAUGAGGUAGACUCUGCGCCCGUGCCAGAGAAAGCGAUUCUUCCACGAGUGCUGUCGCUCCUGUCCUGUUUCAAGGAGUACCUCGAUAUUGUUGUGCAGUGCACGAGAAAGACAGAAGCAAGGCAGUGGCGGACUCUGUUCGCCUACCUGCCGCCGGUGCAGGAGCUAUUUGAAGAGUCUCUUCUCCGUGGCUCACUCAAGACAGCCGGGGGCUACCUGAUUAUUCUUCACACAUUGGAUGAAUUGGGCUCUGCCCCUGAGCAAACUGUGAGACUUCUGUCACGCGCUAUGCGCGAACAAGACUGGGAUCUUUGCAAAGAGUUGGCACGCCCCCCCACCUCACUUCCCCACGGCACCACAUGGGAUCUUGUCUUGACUGCAUCAAUCACUUCUGGUGCAGUAGACUGCUUGAACGACCGUCGCAUAGCAGAGCCGCAGCAGCACGCCCGUGAGCGCCAUAGGGCACAAGCUACCACCCUGAUUCGAGCUUUCUAUCUCACAGACUUCGACACCCAGCCAGCAAACGGCGCGACACCCUUUGGCUGGGCCACAAUACAGACCAAGAAGAAGACGCGAUUACAGUACGAGCCGUAG